CGGCGCCGUUCAAAUCAGGACCGUGAGCUUUUUUCCUCUUUCUCCGAGGCCUGAGAUUUUUGUGGGAUUUAAUCUGUGUAGUCCAUGGUGGGCAGGGGACACAAUGUGAUCAUCACACAAUAAUUUGAAAUCUCACCAUGUGAUGAUAAAUCAAGGACACACUUAAAUAUUUCAUUAUCUACAGAGAAUGAGAGUUCUGCGAAGCCUUGAGGUCUGGAAAAUGGGCUCCAUUAACUACUUGGAUGCACUUAAGCUGCAGGAAAAGCUGGUCGCUGAUAGAAAAACUCAUAAAAUUUCAGAUACUCUCUUGUCCCUGCAACAUCCACCUACAUAUACCCUUGGCAAGCGGCGGACUGAUCACAAUCUAUUAAUUCCUGAGCCUGACCUUCAAAAGAUAGGAGCUGAACUUCACUACACGCAAAGAGGAGGGGACAUUACAUUUCAUGGUCCACAUCAAGCCAUUUUGUAUCCCAUUAUUUCUCUUCGGGAUGUUGGACUUGGUGCUCGUAAUUAUGUGGAGAAGCUUGAGUUAACCAUGAUUGAAUUGGCCUCUCUAUAUGGUGUGAGAGCUCGUGCUGGUCAAACCGGUGAGACUGGGGUUUGGGUUGGAGAGAGAAAGAUUGGUGCUAUUGGGGUUCGAAUUUCCUAUGGGAUCACCUCUCAUGGGUUGGCAUUCAACAUUGAUCCUGAUUUGAACUAUUUUAAGCAUAUUGUACCUUGUGGGAUCGCCAAUAAAGAAGUUACAUCUUUGAGAAAGGAGACAGAUUCGGUGCUUCCUGCUGAAGAAGUAAUUCAUGAGCAGUUAAUUUCUUGUUUUGCCAGAGCUUUUGGUUAUAGUAAUCUUAUUUGGAAGGAGAAUGGUUCGAUUUUCUCGGGCUCUGUAGAAAAUUGAAGGAGAUAGCUGUUGUGUGCUAGAAAAUUCGUCUAUGUAGCUUUAUACUCCACGAUCCAUUUAUUCAUUGAAAUACAUCUGAUAAGAAAUUUGUAUUUUACUUUGAUAUGUAAUGUUUGAAAUUAUUGACUUUCU